GGCCACGCCCCCUAGGGAGGGGCCUCGGGAGGCUCCUGACCGGGAAGGCCCUGGUCAGCUGUGUCCGGCCGCGGCAGCUGCUGACCCAGCUGUGCCCUUUACCAGGGACCGGGGACCGAGGCGCAAGAGCCCUGGGUUCUCCCGGUGCGGGCACAGCAAUGAUGGACCACCUCGGGGCGCCCCUUUGGCCGCGAGUUGGCCCCCUGUGUUUCCUGCUGGCUGGGGCAGCUUGGGCGCCCCCACCUAACUCCCCCGACCCCAAAUUUGAGCUCAAAGCGGCUCUGCUGGUGGCCCGCGGGCCCCAAGAGCUUCUCUGCUUCACCGAACGUCUGGAGGACUUGGUGUGUUUCUGGGAGGAAGCGGCAAGCCCCAGGGUCACCUCCAGCAACUAUAGCUUCUCCUACCAGCUAGAGGGUGAGCCUUGGAAGUCCUGUGUCCUGCACCAGGCGCCCACCGCCCUGGGCACCAUGCGCUUCUGGUGCUCGCUGCCCACGGCCGACACAUCGAGCUUUAUACCCCUGGAGCUGCGCGUCACGGAGGCCUCCUCCCGCUCCCCACGUUAUCACCGGGUCAUCCACAUCAACGAAGUGGUGCUCCUGGAUGCCCCCACGGGGCUGCAGGCUCGGCGGGGAAAGGAGGGCGGCCAAGUGACGCUUCAAUGGCUCCCGCCGCCUGGGGCACCCAUGGCGAGCCACAUUCGCUAUGAGGUGGACGUCUCUACUGGCAGCAGUGCAGAAGGAGCACAGAGAGUGGAGAUCCUGGCUGGCCGCACAGAAUGCACACUCAGCAACCUGCGAGGUGCCACGCUUUACACCUUCGUGGUUCGCGCGCGUAUGGCUGAGCCCAGCUUCAGUGGCUUCUGGAGCGUCUGGUCUGAGCCUGUGUCGCUGCUGACGGCUAGCGACCUGGACCCCCUCAUCCUGACGCUGUCCCUCGUCCUCGUGCUCAUCCUGAUGCUGCUGGCCGCGCUCGCCCUGCUGUCCCACCGCCGGAGUCUGAAGCAGAAGAUCUGGCCUGGCAUCCCGAGCCCUGAGAGUGAGUUUGAGGGCCUCUUCACCACCCACAAGGGUAACUUCCAGCUCUGGCUGUCGCAGCAUGACGGUUGCCCGUGGUGGAGCCCCAGCGCCCCCUUUCCGGAGGACCCACCUGCCCGCCUGGAAGUCCUCUCGGAGCGCAGCUGGGGGUUGACCCAGGCAGUCGAGCCGGGGGCAGAGGACAAGGGGCCCAUGCUGCAGCUGGUGGGCAAAGAGCACGCCCAGGACUCGUAUCUGGUGCUGGACAAGUGGCUGCUGCCCCACAGCCCACCCUGUGAGGAGCUCCCAGGGCCUGGUGGCCACGCAGACAUUGUGGCUGUGGAUGAGUGCUCAGAAGCAUCCUCCUGCUCAUCUGCUUCGGCCUUGAAGCCUGGGCCGGAGGCGGCCCUGGCCACCAGCUUCGAGUACACCAUCCUGGAUGCCGGCUCCCAGCUCCUGCACCCGCGGGCACUGCACCCUGAGCCGCCCCCCACCCCACCCCACCUGAAGUACUUGUACCUCGUGGUGUCCGACUCUGGCAUCUCAACUGAUUACAGCUCAGGGGGCUCCCAGGAAGCUCAGGGGGGCUCAUGCGAUGAUACCUAUUCCAACCCCUAUGAGAAUAGCCUGGUCCCCAGCCCUGAGCCUCUCACCCCCAGCUAUGUGGCCUGCUCUUAGGACUGUAGCCUGAAACUGAUGGACAGGGACUGGGAGGCUGAGGCAGCACUCAGGGCUAGGGUCAACGAUGACGUAGGCCAUCAACAGAGCCAUCCUGCUCAGGAAGCCACAGCCUGCUAUAUUUUAAACUAUGUAUGGCAUAUAUAUAUAUAUAUAUAUAUAUAUAUAUAUAUAUAUAUAUAUAUAUAUAUAUAUAUAUGUAUAAUGAUUUGUAUGUAAGUUUUUCUAUCAUGACUUUUGCAAACACCCCAAAAGCCCCAUCUUUCCUAGGCCAUAGGGACAACAGUUAGAACUUGUGAGUUCAGUCUGAAAUUCUGGACCCAGAAAUCUGAAUACUAAUCCUAAUCAA